AUGCCUAGGCGUAAAGGUUGCUGUGGAUUCUGCAAACCACCUCCUCAAAUACAGCAGCAAACUGCCACCACAAUUUAUGUGGAAAAAGAUGAAGAAAAAAAAAAGAAGGCCUUUGGCUUUAUUGAGAUUUAUCCAGGUGUUCGUACAUCGGAUGAUAAAUAUACUUGUCCAAUGCUUGCUAUUCAUCUCUAUCGUCAUUCACUAUUCAAAGGUAACAUGGCUGAAGACAAACGAACGGUCACCGUCGAUUAUAAUAAUGAACAACAAGCUUAUCAAGGUCCACGAGAAUUAACAAGAGCAGCAAAACUCAGUGCUGAAGAAGAACUCAUAAUGCUUCCAGUUGAAGAUAUAAUACUAAUUAGCACUAAAACAGAAAUUGAAGCAGGCAUUGCAGCUGAUGUCAAGGCAGAGAUUGAACCUAUUUAUAAGUUAAGUGAAAACUGUUGUGAUCGUUGUUGUGAUAGUAUACUCAAUUGUUGUCGUAAAACUUGUGAUUUUUGUGGCUGCUGUCGAAAGGAAACCAAAGUUGUUCCUUUUCUUCAGAAAACGACAACAAUUUUAUAUGAUCAAGAUCCGAAUCAAGAUAUUGAGUUUGAAGAAGAACAUCUACCUAUUCCAGAGGUGAAAGAAGGUUGUUGUACUAGCUGUUGUAAUUGCUUUCGUUGUUGGUGCUGUCGAAUUAAAGUGUUAGUUGAUCGCAUUAAACGAACAAAGACCGUAAAAGCACGAAACGCAAAACGUGUAAUUACAAUUAAAAUUGAAUACAGCAAGUACAGUAAUCCUGAUACACCUUCGAAUGCACGUCUACUUAAUGCUGAACAACAGGCAGCUUACUACAAUCAGAAAUUUGAACGGAAUAAAGAAUUAGAGUUCUAUUUGGUCAGCAACGAACAAUUCGAUUCAGACAGUUUUAAACAAAAAAGUAAUGAAUUUGAAACCUUCUGUCGAACAGUGAUGCAUUUGAAAGCAAUGAGAAAUCAUUAUCCAUCAGACACUGAAUUAGAACAGAUUCUUGGUCAACGACCAAAAACAGCAAUUGGUGAUGCAUUUGAUGAAGAAAAACUACUAAAUGCGUUAAAGGCGCCGCCAAAAGAAGGAAAAGAUAGUCGAAAUCGAGGGCUACCUCAAUCACCAAAACCGCUAGACAAUUCACGAAAGCGGCCCAAAACACCAGACAGCAAUAAAGAACCAUAG